AGAAAAAUUGUGAAGAUUUGAGUAAUAUCUUAAACUCUAGUGAGUUCAGCAAUCUGUGAGAGUGGACAACAUUUAUCAUGUUAGAUUUAUUUCUGUGUAUGUUUCCUUUGAAGGUAGGUGUGCUAACUGCUGGCUCUACGAAUUUGGUUAUUUGGACUUAUCUUCUUCUGACCUCAGUUCUGGAUGCUCAAUUUAUCUCAGAUGAAAUAUUAUUCUCUGUUUGUUUUUCUUCUUUCAAUCUUGUAUCCGCCAUUUUCCUGCUUGCUGCUGUACUUAAGGAGAAUACAGUACUGUGUUUACCGUACAUAAUCAUAAACAGUUCAACCCAGAUUCUUCUAACAGCUGGUAUUUUGAUGGAUGUAAAUUCAGAGAAUUAUCCUGGAAAUGAGUAUAUUGGCGGAUAUCUAGUUUUCAUUUGUGCACAAAUCUAUUUUACUCUUCUUGUACUCAGCUGGAGGUCUAUGCUAACCAAGCACAACACAAAUGUGAAAGUUGAGAUGGAUAAUAAUAACAAGGUGAUCGAUUAUAAUAACAAGACGCUUAUUGUUGCCAUUGAUGGUGAGGAAAAAAAGAAAAAAGAAAAGAAUGCUGCAGUUUUCAACAUGAAGGAAGAGCAAGAGAAACUAAAAGCUAAGAGAGGGGGUCUCAAAGAAGUGAUUCCUGGUUUCGGACAAACGAGCAAAACAUUGGUUGAUAUUGAUAUCCAUGAUGGGAAAUCCUUCUCCUGUCUGUGCUGCAACAGUACCCAGGAGGAUGAUGAUGAAGAACAACUGUAUCCCUGAAAUGCAACUAAUGUUUUUUCUUGGUUUUUAAUGCAAUAAAAUGUAAGUUUAAAGAGAGAA